GUUUAUACACAUGAUGACAUUUAUGCCACACAGUUGCGUCGGAAGAAUGAAGGAAUGGACAGAGAGGGGGUGGUGUGCAGACUUUUCUUCACGAGACUGACGUUUUGUUUUACUUAUUAAUUCAUGCAAAUGUCACCUGACCGUCAGCAGAAAAGUUAACUUUGGUACAGAAUCAUGUCGUGUGAGAAGGGCGACCGGGACCCCAUGGAGGACCCCCUCUUCAUCCUGGAGAGUGGCGAGGUGUACAGGAACCCCACGGAGGUCAAGAUGAGCCAGAUCGUGAUGCCCUGCCACACCAACCACUGUGGAGAGCUCAGUGUAGGUCAGCUGCUCAAGUGGAUGGACUCCACAGCCUGCCUGUCUGCUGAAAGACACGCUGGGUCUCCCUGUAUUACUGCCUCUGUUGACGACAUCCACUUUGAGCACACUAUAGGAGUCGGACAGGUUGUUAACAUCAAGGCAAAAGUCAACAGAGCCUUCACAUCCAGCAUGGAGGUGGGCAUCGCGGUGAGCUGUGAGGACCUGUUCAGUAGCUGCCAGUGGAACGUGUGCAAUGCCUUUGCCACCUUUGUGGCGCGACGCACUGAGGAGGGGAAGGUGCAGCUGAAGCAGGUGAUUCCGCGGACGCAGACAGAGCAGAUGGAGUACAGCAUCGCGGCAGAGAGGAGGAGGAUGAGACUGACCCAUGCUGAGAUCAUAACAGACCUACUGAGCAGCAACACAGCUCAACUAGGAGAGUGCCAGGAGUACCAGGGUGCGGUGUCAGCCGAGCGGACGCGGGUGGAGAGCGUGGAGCUUGUGCUGCCUCCCCAUGCCAACCACCAAGUCAGUACCUUCGGGGGUCAGAUCAUGGCCUGGAUGGAGAACGUGGCCACCAUCGCAGCAUGUCGUCUGUGUAACGCUCACCCCACUCUGAGGACCAUAGACAUGUUCCACUUCCGGGGCCCGUCUCACAUUGGGGACCGGCUGGUGCUAAAGGCCAUUGUUAACAAUGCCUUCAAGCACAGUAUGGAGGUGGGUGUGUGUGCAGAGGCCUACCAGGGUGCGGGUGUGUUGCGCCACAUCAACAGCGCCUUCAUGACCUUUGAGGUGCUGGACAAGGACAGGAAGCCACGCACAUUGCCCCGGAUACGACCCGAACCUGUGGAUGGGAAGAGACGCUAUCAAGAGGCUAUCGCUAGGAAGAAGAUCCGUCUGGACAGAAAGUACAUCAUCUCCUGCAAGCAAACAGAGGUUCCUCUGUCUGUGCCCUGGGACAUCAGCAACCAGAUGUAUCUCAGCUACAACAAUGUGUCUGCACUGAAAAUAAUGGCUGCUCGAAGCAACUGGAUGUUAAGCUCUGAGAAAAAUAAGGUCAGUCUGUACACGCUGGAGGAGAACCAGAUCCUGUGUUUUAAGGUGGAGACUCAUGUCACCGUCCCUGCUGAACAGGCCUUCCAUCUGCUCUCAGACCUGCGCAGGAGACAUGAGUGGGACAGGCAUUACCAACAGUGUGAUGUGAUCAUCCAGGCAGAUGAGGAUGACACUAUCUACCGCGUAGCCACUCCGUGUGUCAGUAAAGGGGGGAAGGGCCAGGACUUCAUCCUCCUGGCCUCUAGGAGGAAGCCCUGUGACUCCAGGGACCCGUACCUGAUUGCCCUGCGCUCUGUCACCCUGCCGACCCACCCUGCCACUAAGGACUACACCCGGGGGGAGGUGCUCUGUGCCGGAUUCAGUAUCUGGGAGGAGUCCAACGCUGUCACCAAGAUCUCCUACUACAACCAGGCCACGCCGGGAGUCCUCCCCUACAUCUCCAACGACAUCGCAGGCCUUUCUUCCAGCUUCUACGGCACCUUCCACUCCUGCAACAAGUACCUGGAGGAGAAUAGAGACAGCCUGGCCUCCCUGCACCCCUCUGCCAUGUGACAGAAUGGUAUCGUCCUGGCCUCCCUGCACCCCUAUGCCAUGUGACAGAAUGGUAUCGCCCAGCACCCCUCUGCCCUGCAACAGAAUGGUACUGUCCUGCUGGCCCAGCACCCCUACCCUUAUGUGCACUUGGAGAGAACUAGGAUAGCUCAUUCCCUUUAAACCCUUUCUGCACUGGGGAACAGCUUACCCUAUCCACCCCUCUCCUCCUUAGGAGAUCUAGGAGAGCCAGUUCUGGGAUAUCCCCCUCCUCCCCAAAUCGACUCCAAAUGCCAAGGAAAUCAGAACUAAUGCAUUUCUAAAAUGUGGGAUUUUCAAAUGUGGGAUUAGUCAAAGGACUUAUUGUUGUUACUGUUAUUGUUACUAUCUUUGAUGUGAUAUUCCAGUGUACAUUUCCACACUACAGGUUACUUACUCUUAGACUGCCAGAACUUAGCCUGGUCUCAGUUUGGCAUGACAAUUACCAUAUGACUUGGAUAAACAGCACAAACAUAUCUGGGACCAGGCUAUUUAGACCUCACCUCAUCUUUCUAAAAUGUGCAAUACUAAGCUCUGUAUUAAAUGUUAGAUCUUAUCUGGGCAUUAAACAGUUAGUAGCCCUAUGAACAUGAGAUAAGUAUGCAAAUUGGUUUGUUGUGCUGCAGUUGAGUCUGACAUGCUUGUACAUGUUCUGCCUUGUCUCUAGCUACUGAACUAUGGAUUUAAAAAAAGCAGACUAGUUCAUGCCUGAGCAUUUAGAUGCAGCUUGUUUUAAAAUACUGGUAGGAUAUUUUCUACCUCAUUAAAUCAUGUUCGUAGUCAACCUUUCAAAACUGUAGUCAAGAUGUACAUUUACUGUAAUUGUGAUAGCACUUUGAUUUGAGAGACUAAUCUCAGAAAGAGACCCAAAUGGUUUGCUUUAAAAAAAUAAAAUAAAAGUAUUUCAACAUGAGUAGAAGCCAUGAGGUGAAUGAAUCGCUGUGAUUUCACUCAAACAAUAAACACUAUAGACCUUG